AUGGGCGAAUGCAAACGACGCAACGUACUCGUGACCGGAGCCAACGGAUACAUUGGUUCAGCUGUUUGUCGAGCUUUUGUUCGUGCUGGCUGGAACACCUUUGGUCUUAUCCGCAACCCCAAGGCACAGGAAGAACUGGCGCUCUCUGAGAUUAUCCCUGUUAUUGGAUCCUUUACCGAUCUAACCUUCCUCGAGUCUCUUUUCAACCAGGUCAACACUUUUGACGUAAUUGUCAGUUGCACAGAGAGGAUUCCCGGUUAUGCUGCUCAUUUCCAAGAGGUCAUGGCCUGUGUCAAGAUAGUGGCAGAGCAAAGUAACCGAGAAGGAGUGCGACCACUCGUACUAUGGUCAUCGGGCUGUAAGGACUAUGGUACUACGCCUCUUCAUGGGGAACCCAGUCUGACUCCUCAUGUCGACGACUCGCCAUUGAACGAGCCACAGAUACUGAAAGAGCGCACAGUCAACUCUGCCAAGGUCUUUGACUAUAGCAAUCUCUUUGACGCGGCAGUCCUGAGGCCAACAUGCGUCUUUGGGUAUUCCAGCAGCUACUACGGUGCGAUUUUUGACUAUGCAGAGGUUCAGCGACAAGAUGGCUCUCAAGUGCUUCGAAUCCCUGGAAAUCCCCACAGCAUCAUGCAUGCCACUCAUGUGGACGAUUGCGGCGACGCCUAUGUAUCACUGGCAGAGCAUACCGAUCGACGCGCUGUUGAUGGACAGUUCUUCAACAUUUCUGGGCAUCGCUAUGAGACUCUAGGCGAGAUCGCAACAGCUAUCGCCAAAGAGUACAGAUUUGAGAAGGGCAUACAGUUUGUCCGCUCGGACGAAGCUGAGUCGUCGUUUCCCUCGGGACUGCAUUUCGUCUUCAGCUUUAGCCAAUGGGUUGGAAGUGAUAAGUUGCGGUCACUGACGGGAUGGAAGGACAGGCUCUUUCAUCUCACUCUUGCAUCGUCUGAGACUAUGGCGCUCAAUCGAAUCAAAUCUCGUGGACGAGGGCAUCUUGCAAUCGACGACUACGAUGCCGACGAGGGACCUUCAAGUAAUGUCAUUGACGAUGGACGCGUCAAAGUUCAAUUCCACGACAAUCCUCAAGCGCUGGCCGCCUGGUGUGAGCACUUCAAAGACACUUUCGCUAGCGAUGCAUCAUCUUCGGAGCAAUUGCAACCCCCAAAGCCUCGUCGAACAAACAGUGUUGCCUUUAUUCCUGGCGUAGAGAAGCCAGCUGAGAGUCCACGCCUCCAUAUUGCAAUACAUAUUGUAGGAUCCCGGGGAGAUGUCCAGCCAUUCAUACCCAUUGCCCAACUGCUCAUGAAACCACCCUAUGGCCACCGUGUUCGGAUAUGUACCCAUGCUGCUUUCAAGGAAUUCGUUGAGGCCCAAGGCGUCGAGUUCUUCAAUAUUGGUGGCGACCCCGAAGCCCUCAUGGCGUACAUGGUCAAGAACCCUGGAUUAUUGCCAAAUCGCGAAAGCCUCAAAGGGGGUGAUGUUGGUAAGAGACGAAAAGAGAUGGCAGAGAUCAUCUCUGGUACCUGGAGAAGCUGCAUAGAAGCGGGCAAUGGUAUGGGGGAGCCCGUCAAAGCUGCCAACGUAGAGUCUGUCGAUGAUUUGUUCCUGGCUGAUGUUAUCAUUGCCAACCCCCCAUCCAUGGGUCAUAUACACUGCGCUCAGAAGCUCAGUGUUCCUCUACACAUGGUCUUCACCAUGCCCUGGUCACCUACCAAAUCUUUCCCCCAUCCACUUGCCGCCAUGAGCUAUGGCGAUGCCGAUGCCAAGGUUGCCAACUACCUUUCCUUUAUGAUGAUGGAGUUGCUGACAUGGCAAGGUUUGGGAGAUUUGAUCAACAAAUUCCGUACAAAGACGUUGCAUCUCGAUCCCAUCAGCCCGCUAUGGGGAUUUCAGCUUCUGUCCAGGCUCCGUAUUCCAUUCAGUUAUCUCUGGUCCGAGACGUUAAUACCUAAGCCAUCUGAUUGGAACAGUCAUCUUAACAUCACAGGCUUCUCCUUCCUGCCUCUUGCCGGCUCUUAUACACCUCCCCCAGACCUCGUGGGCUUCCUUGAUGCAGGCCCGACGCCAAUAUACAUUGGGUUUGGAUCAAUUGUUGUGGAUGAUCCUCAAGCUCUUACCAACAUGAUCCUCGAAGCCGUCAAGACUGCCGGUGUCCGGGCAAUCAUCUCAAAAGGAUGGGGAGGUGUUGGUAUCGGAGAAGUGCCAGACAGCGUCUACCUCAUCGGGAACUGUCCCCACGACUGGCUUUUCCAACGGGUUGCAGCUGUUGUUCAUCAUGGUGGUGCUGGUACGACAGCUGCUGGCAUAGCGGCAGGUCGACCAACUGUCAUCGUGCCAUUCUUUGGAGACCAGCCUUUCUGGGGUCAGAUGAUGGCGCGCGCAGGCGCAGGCCCCGUGGCAGUUCCAUACAAAGACUUAACGGCUGAGGUACUAGCAGAGAGUAUCACGUUUGCGCUACAGCCCGAGGUCAUCGAGAAAGCAAACGAUAUGGCGCUACAGAUCGGCGAAGAAGAUGGAUCUGGUGGUGCCGCUAUGGACAUACAGGAGCAUCUGGAUAUCGAUAGUCUUCGCUGCGAUUUGAGCCCUGGAAGAUUAGCAAGUUGGCUCCAUCGAAAGACAGGAGCCCAUCUGAGUGGCUUCGCAGUCGCCUGCCUCAGGGAUCAUGCAUUGGUUGACAUGUCGGAUCUGAAGCUUCUCCGUCAUAAACAUUGGUAUGUGGAUGAGGGAGCUGAGUCGCCUGCCAUCGGUGCGAUAGCCGCAGCGUCAGGCUUUGCUGCAGCUAUCGGCACUGCAACGUCUGAUUAUGCAGAGCGUUUAAGAAACUCACCACGAUCUGGCACGGCAAGACGCCGCAGCACUAUAAAACCGCAAGAGGUACUAGCAAAAGAAGACGGAAUAAAGGAGGCUGCUUUGCAACCCAUGAAGGGCCCCCGAAAUGCGACGCAGGCAGACAUGGAAGCGCUUGCUCGAAAGAUGGCAAGCAAGACGCUCUACGGUGCUGAGCCGGCUUUCUCAGCAACAAGACUAUGUCGCCCAGUCACCGAAGCUCAUCUCAAACACAAGAACUCGUGGAUAGCCCACGAGGCCGGCAGGAACGGCCGCGCUUUCUACAUCACACGAGUGACAGGCCGGUACGCCUGUGAUAUAGCGGCAGCGACGGCUAGAGCACCUGUAGCCUUCUUUUACAACGUGGCCAACGGAUUCCACAAUGCACCCUCAAACGUCUUUGAUGUCGAUGUUCGCCGAAGAGACGAAAUCACAGGGCUCGGGAGUGGUAUUCGAACAGCAGGUAAGGAAUUCUGCUAUGGAUUCUGGGAUGCAUUCAGCGGCAUUGUCAUGAAGCCUUACGAAGAUACAAAGAGUAUGGGCGCAAAGGGUUUUGGUAGAGGUUUGUUAAGGGGCGGACUCGGCAUCAUAGGUAACUUGGGCUCAGCAUGCUUUGGACUUCCUGGGCAGAGAUACUGUUAA